AUGUUAGAAAUGCUAUUAACAUGCACUCAGUUAGUAGUAGCUCAGGCCCAGCGUCAGGAAUCUGGAUUGAGUUUAGGGAAUAAUGAAGAGUCUUCUAAGAAUAAGGACUUUCUCAAGAUGAAUCCCCCAGUCUUCAAGGGAAUAAAGAAAGACGAGGACCCUCAGGAUUACAUUGAUGCCCUCCAGAAAAUUUUUAGGGUCAUAGCAUCACGGAGGCGGGCGGCUACUUUUGGAGCUUAUCAGCUGCAAGGGGAGGAUGCACCUGAUGCUACAUGGGAUGAAUUUGCAAGCGCAUUCCUGGAUCACUUCAUGCUAAUAGAAGUCAAAGAAGCUAAGGCAGAGCAAUUUCUGAAGCUUAAGCAGAAUGGCAGGUCAGUUCAGGACUACUAUUUAGAAUUUGUUAGUCUGGCUAAGCAUGCUCCACUUAUAAUACCGGACAUGAGGGCAAGAGUGAGGAGGUUCGUUUAUGGUCUUGAUCCCCACUUGUAUGAUGGGGCCAAUAUUGCUUCACAGAACAGGGAGAUGACUACUCCAAGAUGGUUGCUUUCGUACAAGGGAACGAGACAAUGCUAA